AUGCCAAAUGCACUUUAUUAUGAAAUUGCUAUAUCAAAUGAUGAAAAACCAGCAUUUACAAAAGCCAUGACAAAAAAUGCUUAUAUGAGAACAUUAUUUAAUCAAUUAAAUGAUGAAGAACGAUUAACAUAUAUAUUAAAAUCAAUAAAAAAAUGGAAUGAAUUUCUUCAUUUCAAUCCAAAUGUUAUCGAAAAUUUAAUUCCAACAUUACAUUUAUUAUUAGCUAAAAAUGAAGAUAUUAUUUUAUAUUUUCAAUCAAUGGGUUUACCGCCACGACCACCAAUAAAUAGUUAUCUUUUUUUCAAUCAUGAAAAAGAAGAAAUAGGUUCUCGACAAUCUUGGUCAGAUUUAUCUUCAAUACAAAAAACAGAAUAUGCUCAACAAUUAGCUGAAAUUAAAAAUGAAUAUUAUCAAAAACUUGUUGAAUUUGUUGAUCAAAUUUUAGCAUCAGAUUAUAUGAGAUAUGAAUUUUUUCGUAAUGUUAAAUAUGCAGUUAAAGAUUAUGAAUUAGCAGCUAAAUGUGAAAUAACAGAUAAAAAUACUGGACAACUUAAACUUAUUGAAUAUUAUAUGCUUAAAAAUGAAAUGACAAAUAAUUUGAAUCAAUUCAAUCAAAUAAGAGAAAAAUUAUUAUCAACACAAUUAACGAAUGAACAAAAGAAUCUUGUUGAAGAUCUUUCACAAUUAUUGUAUAAAUAUAUUACGUGA